GAAAUGCGGUUUUAAUGAAUGCGGCGACGGCGGCUUUAACCCCUAAUAUGAUCCUGUAUUUGAUGAAUGAAUAUCACAUGGAUAUGACUACUGGGUCUAAUAUUAUCUACAUCUGGUCAGCAGUUACCAACAUUGCUCCAGUUGUUGGUGCCUUUAUGGCGGAUUCUUUUGUGGGACGGUUCCAGACGAUAGGAUUGGGAUCUGUUGUCGCUCUUGUGGGGAUGUUUCUGUUUUGGCUGACAUCAGUGAUUCCGCAAGCAAGGCCCCCACCCUGUGUCGAUUCCACCAACAUUUGCAGAUCAGCAGAGAUGUUCCAACUCUUCUUCCUGUGUUUCUCUUUGGGUAUCGUUGCCAUUGGUGUAGCUGCAUUCAAAUCCACGUCUUUAGCAUUUGGUUCUGAUCAGUUAAAAUGGGAAGUACAUCAAGAAAAUCCGCGUGCAAUGGAGAGAUACUUCAGCUGGUACUAUGCCUUGUACGCUUUGUCUCUCGUGAUUGCUCUCACGUGUCUUGUUUAUAUCCAAGUCAACAUGGGGUGGGCUUUAGGUUUUGGAGCUCCUGUUUUGCUAAUGUUGUUUGCAACUCUUUCAAUUUAUUUGGGUACUCCAUUCUACGUGAAGCUGAAGCCUAAACCGAGCUUAAUGGCUGGCCUUUUUCAAGUGGUUGUAGCUGCUUAUAGAAAUAGAUGUCUCAGAUUGUCUUCAGAGAGUGCAGAUAUACUAUACCAUCAGAAAAAAGGGUCAACCAUAGUUCUUCCAAGUGAAAAACUAAGGUUUCUGAAUAAAGCAUGCAUUGUGCAAGAUCCUCAGCUAGACUUGAGCUCAGAUGGAGAAGCAACAGAUCCUUGGCGUCUUUGCACUGUAGAUCAAGUAGAGGAGCUGAAAGCAUUGCUCAAAGUUGUUCCAAUCUGGUUGACAGGGGUUGUAUUGGCCAUAAAUAUAAGCCAGACCUCUUUUCCAGUACUUCAAGCGAAUACCAUGGAUCGACAUAUUGGUUCAAGCUUUGAAAUCCCAGCUGCCUCCUUUGGCAUCUUUAUUGUCAUCUCUGGUAUACUUUGGAUUGUCCUCUAUGACUGUUUGAUUCUUCCCGUUGCAUCAAAAUUGACUGGGAAACCUGUUCACUUCAGCACGAAACAGAGAAUGGGGUUUGGUUUAGUUCUUUCCUUCCUUUCAGUCUUAGUGGUGGCAGUUGUGGAAGGUGUCCGGAGAAAUAUUGCAAUCACAGAGGGGUACUCUGAUGAUCCAAAAGGUGUUAUCCCUAUGUCAGCAGUGUGGCUACUUCCUCAGAAUUGCAUUACUGGCUUUGCAGAGGCCUUGAAUGCCAUCGGCCAAAAUGAAUUUUAUAUAUCAGAAUUUCCUAGAAGCAUGUCAAGUAUAGCUGCUUCUCUAAUAGGACUUGGUAUGGGAGUGGGAAACUUACUAGCUAGCUUUCUAAUGAAUACCAUCGACAACUUAACCAAAAGAGAAGGGCAAGAGAGUUGGAUAUCGAGCAAUAUAAACAAGGGCCAUUACGACUACUAUUAUCUGAUUCUUGCUGGAUUUAGUCUGGUGAACAUGCUGUGCUAUAUUGUUUGUAGUAGAGCUUAUGGUCCUUGUAAAGGAGAGGAAGAAGAGAUGAAGGAAGAGGAGGAUCCAUGAAUGUUGAGCAGGGCUGAUGUUAACGUUUGUAUCAAAUGAAGUUGUAGUCACUAGACUUUGUGGGGAUUAACUAAACAUAGUUAUGUAAGGACAUAUGUUAAUGUAUUUAUUGAAUUGGUUUGAUCCCAGUGUAAUAAAUAAAAAAUUCCAAUGUUUUGGCAAAAAA